UAUCGUAUCGUCGUUUACCAAGCGAGUCACGGCCUGGCUCGGAUCGCGUUCGCUGCCGAGCCAGGCGAGUAGUAGUAGUCGCGCUUGCUGCGUCGUGUUCUCGGUGCACCGAGCAGCUGGCGAUCGGUGAGGACUUUGCCGGUAGCCUGGCGCGGCGUUGGCUUUUAUGGCUGCCCUCCGACUAUUCUCCGAGUUCCACAGCGGCUGUAGGUCGAUACCGCAACGAUGCAGUUUGCUCGGCGGCGGCUGUCAUGUGCUCCGCAUCGCAUCGUCCCCGGCGUUGACCGUCACGAACGGCUCGGGCCGGCGGCUCAAGUCCAGCGCAUCCCCGGCAGCGCUCGAUCGGGCAGUGAGCACGGAGUUGCCGCCGCAGCGAGACCCGCUGGACCUGAGUUUUAACGACGCCCGGGCAGCCUACAAAAGCAAGUCGACUGGCGAGCUGCUCAGAGCGUACAUCGUGCUCAAGCUCAGCUCCAGCAACUGGAUCGUCAACAACCACCAAGAGCUCCUCCGGCUAGGCCAGCGUGUGCUAGGCCGUCGGCUGUUCCGGACACUAAUGCGGAACACCUUCUACGGCCACUUUGUGGGUGGUGAGUCCGCGUCGUCCAUCCAGCCCCUCCUGCAGCGCCUCCGGUCCUUUGGUGUCAAGGCCAUCCUCGACUACAGUGCCGAGGAGGACCUCUCUGAGCAGGAGGCCAAAGAGGCUGAGAUGGCGUCAUGCAGCUCACAAGCACCAGUGAAGGAAGACAGACAGGCAUCAGGAGGCCACCUUCGUCAAUUCCAGCCGAGCGAGCAAUUUGCUGACCGGCGGCACCCGCACGUCAUGGCACGCACUUACUUCUACCUGAACGAGGCGCAAUGUGAAAAGAACAUGGACAUCUUCCUCGAGUGCAUCGAUGCUGUGGCAGGUGCCACGGAAGGUACAGGCCUGGCAGCCAUUAAGCUCACAGCCCUGGGCAGACCACAGCUGCUGAUGCAGCUGAGUGAGGUGGUGGUGCACACACGACAGUUCUUCCAAGAAGUAACAGGUGCCGACAAGGCCAUGGCUCUGUCCUGUGUCACUCCGUCGACCAUUGGCCAGAAGUUGAACGUGUCACCUGCGGACCAGGAAUCCUUCAAACGAUGGCUCGAGCGCAUGGACUAUGACCGCAAAGGGUUGAUGAACAUCUUCUCGUGGAGUGGCCUGGUAGACACCAACUACUUCAUCUCGGACUUGUUCAAGGUGCCCCAGCUGCAGACGGGGCGCAUGGAACCGAUCAUUUCAGCCCUGACCGAGGAAGAAGAGGAAAUGUUCCGCAACAUGAUGCGCCGGGUGCACACCAUUGCCAGGGCGGCUCGGGCACGUGACGUGCGGGUGAUGAUAGACGCAGAGCAGAGUUACUUCCAGCCGGCCAUUAGCCGCAUCACCAUGGAGCUGAUGCGCAAGUACAACAAAGAGAAGGCCAUAGUGUUCAACACAUACCAGUGCUACCUGCGCGCCACGUACGACCAUGUGGUGCGCGACCUCGAACUCGCCCGACGUCAGGGAUUCUUCUUUGGCGCCAAGCUGGUGCGCGGUGCCUACCUGGAGCAGGAGCGGCUGCGGGCGCGCACCCUCGGCUACGAGGACCCCGUCAAUGCCACGUACGAGGACACCAAUGCCAUGUACUACCGCACCCUCACCGAGUGCCUGCGACAGGUGGUGGAAAGCAAGGAGCGGCGCUCCAUCGCUAUCAUGGUAGCCUCACACAAUGAGGACACCAUCCGUUUCGCCGUCAACAAGAUGCAGGAGCUGGGCAUCCGACCGGAUGACAGAGUAGUCUGCUUUGGCCAGCUGUUGGGAAUGUGCGACCAGGUCAGCUUCCCUCUGGGCCAGGCUGGUUACUCGGUGUACAAGUAUGUCCCAUACGGCCCCAUUGAUGAGGUCAUGCCGUACCUGUCCCGACGGGCCAUCGAGAACAACAGCCUGCUGCAGAAGCUCUCCAAGGAGUUGGGUCUACUGAGACACGAGAUCACACGCCGCCUGCUCACUGGACAGAUCUGGUACACACCUCAUGGCCACUACAAGCCCGUCUGACCUCCAGACCUUUGCUGAGGCAGUGUCAUCUGCGCUGCGAUUGCACCGGCCACAGAUUGUCUCCCUCCAGGUGUAACACGUCCGCUUGGCUGACGUGACCACCAACCAUGCUUCCCUCUCGUGUGGCAGAGUAACUCGGUGAUGACGAACAUUUAGCAUGCAGCUUAAAAGCUGAACAUUUGCGUCCGAUCAACUUGACGCAGAAUUCUCCAGGAAAGAACGUGCAGCCUUACUUUGUAUUGUUGGGUGCCAUUGUCUUAAGCAUUUAAAUUCUGGCCUCACCCUGGCCAGAGGUACCGUUAGAUGGACUUAUGACACCACAUCCAUUAUGUGCAGUUCUGAUGGUGGUCACAUAUUCGAAGAGAAUGUAUGCGCAUACAUCACUGCUGACGCGUGGCAUGCGCAUGCCACCAGAGCUCGUGUCCCCACAAGGUGGUCUGCGAACGUGAUUUUUUUUAGUUUAUUUGUGCUUGUUAACUGUGGCACGAAAUUUAAAUGCAGCUCAUGAGCAAUGUAUGGUACAUUUAGCUGCACCGGUGAUUUAAAGAUACGACCACGUUUUCAGUGUCAACGAACCGGUCUAUUUUACAUACUGAUUUUGUUACUUAGUGUACUGAUCUGAGCGUUAAGCAGUCGUAUUCUAUUUUCUGUGUUGUUCAGAAAAGGUCAUGACUACAUGAUGAUCUGACUGGCCAACGGUACUUUGUCUGUGACUCCAUCUGCAGUCAACUUCUCCAUUUUUUUAUAGCUGUUACUUCGUGCUCCUGUGUUUGCAUUUGCAUUUGUCUGUUAUGGCCAUAUAGCAAAUCUUUCACCGUUUGGACAAGAGAAACUGGAAUGAGGUGACCAUGCUGAUUUCUUUUGUAGAAUGGAGGCAGGUUGUGCUCCGGUAUUGAUAAAGCAGAAAGCCUCGCUGUCACUAUGGUGCCAUCGUAAAUAUCCUGUGAAAAUAGGGAGGGGUGAGGAAAAUGCCCUUAAUUGACAACAUUGGCUACCCAUGCUUUCUAUGAUCGUUCUAGGGCUGCCAGUCACAAUAGCCACCAACUUUGUUCUUUUAAACACCCAUGGCGUGUCAUAUGCUGCUUUGCGGCUAUCUUUGCCUUAGCGUUCAUUGGGCGAAAACCAUGGCUGGCCGUUGCUUAUUGUUCCUUAAAUGAAGCCGUGAAGCUGUUCCCGCACACGACUCAUGGCAUCAGCUAACAGUGCCACUGUAAUUUUCAAGCAAAACUGUGUAUGCGUGAUUGUCACUGUGCCUGUACUUUUUUACGCACAAUCAUGUUUGCUCUGUAAAACAUAUAGAUGCGGCCCCAAAGCCAUCAUUGUGACACGCAUGACAUAUGGCUGCGUUCAGAGCAUCUCUGGACAAUCUAGGACUGUCAACCUAGAAUUAUAAGGUGAGCCGGUUGCACGAAAGUGACCUAACUGCAUCUCUUUUGCUGAUAAACCAUUAUAGUGCCUGAAAUGUAAGUCGGGGAGGCCAGUGCCAACUAGUGCAGCAUUGCUUGACAGCAUUUUGCAGCCAACACUUGGUGGAAAGAGAGAUCUCCUGGAGCCAUAUUCUCGAUUGAUCACUUUCGUGGAUACUUGCACUUUUUGCGCGAUGCCUCACUGCAGCAAUGAGCGUUCUGCUUGCUUGGUCUUAGCCAAUCACCAUCUGCUGAAAGUGAUGUCCACAAAAGUGGUCAGUCGAGAACACCACAAAGGCAGCACUCCAGCAAUACUACCAGCACAUGUCUGUAAUUGUCUCGAACUGAGCAAAAGCAGCAGUCAUAGUGGCAAUGGUGUGGCAACGAUCGUUGCCUUUUGACAUCGGUGCACCUCUGGUGCAAUUUGCAAAUGCCAUGCAGGCAUUGAGGCCCAGAGGCGGGCACUAUUCAUGCUCGGCAAGCAUCGUUAACUUUUUCUGCAGCUCAGGCACAGAGAGAGUGUGCUUCCCUUCUGUUGCUUUUAGAGGGCACGAAUGAUGGCCAGAAGAAUCACCAGCAUGGAGCUGGUGAUAACUGUUUAGGUGAAGGCAGUGCAUGGCACCUGAAGUGACCAACAUGACACGGAAGUCUGGCUUCAUCCCGUGGCUGGUUCUGCUGCUCAGUGCCACGCAGUCAUGCAGGUGUUGCCUUGCCGGCAUUUUGCUCAAGAGAUGAUCUUAUUUUAGCAUAUUUUGUACAGGGUUAGUUAGGAAUCUCUUUCUUUUCCCCUGGUUGCGCCGCUUUUCGAUGUGGGAAUCUCGACUGCAUUUUGCUGACUCUCCUUUUGAAAGAAGAAGAAAAUCUGUAAACAAAAGGCAGACACGCUGUUCUGAAGUGUUCAUUACGGUCUUGCACCAACUGAAAAUGUGAUGCUAAUAAAAGAAUAGCUGUGCCCACCA